AUGAAGGUGUUCCUGCUUAUAACUUUAAUUUCCCUUCUUCUCGGAAUCGGGGCCCUCCCUGGGCAAUUUGAUAUCGCUGAAGGCGAAGUGAGGAUUGUCGGCGGAAACGCAUCGACUAUAGAACAAUUUCCGUACAUUGCACAGCUACAUCUUGAUAAUGAAUUUGCGUGUGGGGCUUGCAUUAUUUCACCAAAGUAUAUGGAAAAUAUAGACAACAUUAUAUUACAUGUCGGUACUACUAAAUUUGAUCAAACAACAACUGAAGCAAUUACUCUAGCAAAAGUAUACAUUCAUCCCAUGUACAACGACACAACGUUAGACUACGAUAUAAGCAUUCUCCUUCUGAAUAAAGAUCUUGUAUUUGGAAAAAGAAUUAGUUCAGUUCCUUUGCCACCACCCAAUGUAGUUUUACCUGCGGGAACUAAAGCUAUCGUUGCUGGUUGGGGUAUUUUAAUUUCUCGAGGUAACCUUCCGACGAAAUUGCAGGCAGUAGCCUUGCCCAUUAUUUCCAAUGAGGAAUGUGCUCGUCGUUACGUCGACAGUGACGAAACUUGGGUUUUUGAUAGAAAUCUAUGCGCUGGUUAUGAACAAGGAGGAAAAGACGCGUGUGACGGAGAUUCUGGAGGGCCAUUGACAGUGGACGGUGUACUUUAUGGGUUAGUUUCUUCUGGUAUUGGUUGCGCUGAUGGCAGAUAUCCCGGAACCUACACUAGUGUUUCAAGUCUGCGCUCCUACAUAGCAUCAGUUACAGGACUUUGAUUGCAUGGGCUUCAUAACGUAGU